AUGCCAGCAAAUUACACCUCUGUCAAUGAUCCACUGUUGAAAAAAUACCUCGAAAGCAAACUUGCCCAGAUGUACGUUACCGGCAAAACAAGGUUAGGAAAUCGGAGGAAAAGGGCAACGGAAAAUGUGGAGGUCAAGGUAACUGACAUCAAGCAGACUGAAUCUGGACUGGCCGUGGAGUUUUAUGUAUUAGAGGAUGGUAAUGUUGUCCCUGCUGAGGCAGCCUCGGAAGUCUUUGCUGAAGUUGACGUUGAAGAACAGAAUGCCAUUUUUGAGGCCGAGGUAAUCGCUCCGGUGAGACCAAUCCAUACAUCGUCUCCAAGUUUUCCUGUUGAUGUAACAAUGACGCCGAGCAAUAUCCAGUCCUCUCAAGUUUUACCUGAUUCCAGCCUGGGAAGCCAUGGUUCUAGCGCCACUGCUUCACUUGACAGCAGCAUCCUCCAAACGUCUGGGGUUCUAACAGUGUCACCAGGGGACAGUACUCUGUCUGUUGUACCUGAUUCUAGCCCGGGAAGCCGUGGUUCUAGCGUCACUGCUUCACUUGACAGCAGCAUCCUCCAAACGUCUGGGGUUCUAACAGUGUCACCAGGGGACAGAACUCUGUCUGUUGUACCUGAUUCUAGCCUGGGAAGCCAUGGUUCUAGCGUCACUGCUUCACUUGACAGCAGCAUACUCCAAACGUCUGGGGUUCUAACAGUGUCACCAGGGGACAGUACUCUGUCUGUUGUACCUGAUUCUAGCCCGGGAAGCCAUGGUUCUAGCGUCAUUGCUUCACUUGACAGCAGCAUCCUCCAAACGUCUGGGGUUCUAACAGUGUCAUCAGGGGACAGUACUCUGUCUGUUGUACCUGAUUCUAGCCCGGGAAGCCAUGGUUCUAGCGUCAUUGCUUCACUUGACAGCAGCAUGCACCAAACGUCUGGGGUUCUAACAGUGUCAUCAGGGGACAUAACUCUGUCUGUUGUACCUGAUUCUAGCCUGGGAAGCCAUGGUUCUAGCGUCACUGCUUCACUUGACAGCAGCAUCCUCCGAACGUCUGGGGUUCUACCAGUGUCAUCAGGGGAAAGUACUCUGUCUGUUGUACCUGAUUCUAGCCCGGGAAGCCAUGGUUCUAGCGUCAUUGCUUCACUUGACAGCAGCAUCCUCCAAACGUCUGGGGUUCUAACAGUGUCACCAGGGGACAAUACUCUGUCUGUUGUACCUGAUUCUAGCCCGGGAAGCCAUGGUUCUAGCGUCACUGCUUCACUUGACAGCAGCAUACUCCAAACGUCUGGGGUUCCAACAGUGUCACCAGGGGACAAUACUCUGUCUGUUGUACCUGAUUCUAGCCCGGGAAGCCAUGGUUCUAGCGUCACUGCUUCACUUGACAGCAGCAUACUCCAAACGUCUGGGGUUCUAACAGUGUCACCAGGGGACGGUACUCUGUCUGUUGUACCUGAUUCUAGCCCGGGAAGCCAUGGUUCUAGCGUCACUGCUUCACUUGACAGCAGCAUCCUCCAAACGUCUGGGCCCCGGAAGCCAUGGUUCUAG